AUGGCGGCGCUCUUGCUGCAGUCUCCCUCUGAGGAAGAGGCCUCGGUGUGUGUGGUACAGUCCCCCGGUAGCGAAGACAGCUCGGUGAAGGUCCAGGAAGAGCAGCUGCCGAUGGUCUUCCUCUGCACUGGCUGCAAGCGGGUAGUGGGAGACACGCUCGACUGGGAGGCCAACGACGAAAAGACCAGAUGCCUUCUCCUCAGGAAUGUUUCUCCUACUGUCUCAGUGGAUAAAGUGCAAAAGCUUUCAAGCUGGCCGGAAGAGCGUGGCUGCAUGCUUGAAACUUUGUUUUGCUCAGGAUGCAAAAUGACACUUGGAAGCAUUUACCGAUGCACUCCAAGACAUCUUGAUUAUAAACGAGAUUUGUAUUGUUUAAACAUUGACUGCCUUGAAAGUUAUACCCUAGGAACUGCAGAACAAAUUGCUGAUGUGGAUGAGGAACCUCUUACCUUUGAAAGUCAAGCUAUUUUGGAAGAAUCACUUGAAAGGGCAGAAACAACACUGAAGGCAUUGGAGCACCGAUUAUCUCUAGUUGAAUCAGGUUUUGCAUCUCUUCCCAAUAAUGGCUGAAAUGAAUAAUAACUGUUGGUGUUAAUCAAUAUUUGCUGUUUUGAGCUCUUGGGAAUAUGUUGCGAUCAUUCUCUUUGAAAAAGGUUGUCAGACUGCUGAAAACUGAAAAUGCUGACUUGUGGGAAAGGAGAGGGCUUCUGUAGAAGAGAAUCUUUGGAAAUUCUGUUUAAAGCUGUUCAGAAGCGUCAGUGCGACUGCAAGCCUUGCUACUUGUUCUGGUUCUCCGCUUCCUCCUAAAUAGAAGCUUUCAGGCAGCUUGCCAAAUUCUGAAUGUCUUUCAU